AUGUGUAGAUUUGCGUGGACACGAGUUUACGGUCCCGGAGUCUACGAGUCCAACAAGCCCGUGCUUGGCGAUAUACUGAAGUUUGGACGGGCAGUCAAGCCCCAGUACAAGGAUGGAGAGAGUGCUAAUGCUGCGUCGUCCUGGGAGGGCCUCUUCAGCCACUAUGCAAAACCCAUCAUCGAGAGCACCCUCGGACCAGGCCGGCUUGAAAGGCUGCCGACGGAGAUCCAGAUCAUAAUCUCGGAUUUUGUCAGCCCAUGCUGGUACUUGACGGUGCUUGGUGAGACCCGCCGGCUGGUAGAAUUGACACGCAGCUCUUCUCACAGCGGUCAGCGUGAAAGUCUCAGCCUGACGGGGGAUAUCUACCUGUCCAGAAUAAGCUAUCAAGGCAUCUCCUACAUUAGCAGGAUCAGCCACAUGCCACUGGAACCACAGCCACUGGAACCACAGCCGCUGGAACCACAGCCGCCCGACAGCUCUGAUCAUCAGCACCUGAAGCUGCCCGCCCACGCAAGGAACCUUAUCUUAUCAAAAGAUCACAUUGGCCUGCGCAACAUACAGUUUGUGGAUGAAAAUUCCCGCCCGUCAGCAGACAAGUCGCCAUGGUACGAAGUGAUCAAGCUGCUCCCAGACCCCUGCAAUGAGUUGCAUGUUGUCUCCAAUGUAAGCUCUUUUCGUCCCAGCACGUUUGUCUACGGCCGGCUAACGUCUGACCAGGGGCUCUUCGUCAGAGAACUCGUGCCCUCCCUGGGCGAGGCAUACGACAUAUCCAGAACCUGGAGCUCCCCGACCCCGCCAGAAUAUCGGCCGUGGAACACCGUUGGGGUUCCGGCCGGUCACUAUCUGGACUACGUGAAGCUUGACGACGAGAGGGUCCAGGGACUCGUCGUCUGUUGCUCCGACUCCACCAACCUGGGGUUUUACGGCUACUCUGGCAUGUCGAAGUCGUUCAGGAAGUUCGUUGCCCUGAUGAGUCGGAAGCAGUUUUCCAAGUUCUGGCUCUUUUUCCCGAUUAAUCGCGGCGAAUCGAUCCAGGCGGCGUGGAUCCAAUCGCUGAAAGAUUGCGCAGCUUACUUUUCACACCACAGACUGGUCGUUCAAACUACUCUUGGAAGAACCGCUACGUUCGGCCCCCAUCUUCUCGCCGAUCUGCGAGAGCAAUACAAAUUCAACUCUCUGCUGAAAGAGGACGACGGGGUCAUAUCCGGACUCUUCCACGACGGCUUAGAUCCGGGACGCGCAGAGGUGUCGGAGUUUGGAGUAACAUGCACCGAAAACAACGGCACCCGGGCCAAACCCGUCUACCCGCCCUUCGACACGCAGCUCGAGCUCCCCAUGUCGUACGAGGGCAUCCGGGCUCUGAACUGGUUCAUGACCAAGGCUCCUCUGCACGGGCUGGUGAGGGUUCGAGCCUGUCGGGACCAGACGCAGAUGCAUGCCCCGUACAUCGGCGUGCUGCUGUACUACGACGACUGCCGGGUUGAGUCGGCCGGACAGUUUCGUUGGGACAUGGAUGUCUCGCUCGAAGUCUCUGUGCCCGUCUGUAUCAGACAGAGCGAUGUCAACGGCAAGGGCUACGUCAAGGACAUCAGGAACCGCGCGGAGUGCGAUAUGGCUGGUGAUGGCGACGGCGAGUGGCUGGAGCUGCCGCGGUCGGGGCUUAUCGCCUGGUGGUUUGGUACGUUGGGUAAUGUUUUAUGUAUACACUAG